GAUGGUAUACCAAUUAAAGAAAAAAGAUCAGUCUGAUUACACUAUCCUGACUGGAAGUGAAGUGAGGAAGGAAAGAAAGGACAAUUACGAAGAGCUAUCGUGAUGUUGACAGGGAAACAAGCGGACCCAGUGAAUGGAAUUCAAACUCCUGUAACCUAGUGCGCUGAACAUCGAUGGGACCCAUUCCUAGUCUGAUUCCGGGUUGUAAAGCCUUUUUCCACUUGUCCCACAAAGUCACCCGCGUGGUUCCAGAAAGCGCUCUGCUGAUUGUCCUUGGCCUCUUUCUGGGCGGUAUCGUGUGGGCUGCAGACCACAUUGCCUCCUUCACCCUUACACCAAAUGUAUUUUUCUUCUACCUGCUGCCACCCAUUGUCUUAGAUGCUGGAUACUUCAUGCCAAACAAAUUGUUUUUUGGAAAUCUUGGUACCAUCCUUCUGUAUGCUGUAAUCGGGACUGUUUGGAAUGCUGCCACAACAGGCAUGUCUCUCUAUGGUGUCUACCUGAGUGGAAUAAUGGGCCAGCUUGACAUUGGGCUACUGGACUUUCUUCUGUUUGGCAGUCUGAUAGCUGCAGUGGACCCUGUGGCUGUACUGGCCGUGUUUGAAGAAGUUCAUGUCAACGAAGUUCUGUUUAUUAUCGUUUUUGGAGAAUCUCUUCUGAACGAUGCUGUAACUGUGGUGCUGUACAAUGUGUUUGAUUCUUUCGUUGCAAUGGGAGCUGAUAAUGUGACUGGGGUGGACUGCGUAAAAGGCAUUGUGUCUUUCUUUGUGGUGAGCCUGGGUGGAACAUUUGUUGGCAUUGCCUUUGCGUUCCUGCUCUCCCUGGUCACUCGCUUCACCAAGCAUGUCAGAAUCAUUGAACCUGGAUUUGUGUUUGUGAUCUCAUACCUGUCCUACCUCACAGCAGAGAUGCUUUCUCUUUCUGCCAUCCUUGCGAUAACUUUCUGUGGUGUCUGCUGUCAAAAAUAUGUCAAGGCUAAUAUUUGUGAUCAGUCUUCUACCACCGUGAGAUACACCAUGAAAAUGUUGGCAAGUGGAUCUGAGACUAUUAUAUUCAUGUUCCUGGGAAUUUCAGCUGUAAAUCCAGACAUCUGGACGUGGAACACAGCUUUUAUACUAUUGACUUUGGUCUUCAUCUCAGUGUACAGAGUCAUUGGUGUAGUGAUACAGACAUGGGUUCUAAACCACUACAGAGUGGUCCAGCUGGAAAUAAUAGAUCAAGUGGUAAUGUCGUAUGGUGGACUACGGGGAGCUGUUGCUUUUGCACUAGUUGCACUUCUGGAUGAGAAAAAAGUGAAAGAGAAAAACCUAUUUGUCAGCACAACUAUCAUUGUUGUGUUCUUUACCGUUAUAUUCCAGGGUUUGACAAUCAAGCCUUUGGUACAGUGGCUAAAAGUGAAGAGAAGUGAGCACAGAGAGCCCAAACUGAAUGAGAAACUCCAUGGCAGAGCUUUUGAUCACAUUCUUUCUGCUGUUGAAGACAUAUCUGGACAAAUAGGACAUAAUUAUCUGCGAGACAAGUGGUCCAAUUUUGAUCGGAAAAUCCUCAGUAAAGUACUGAUGAGAAGGUCUGCUCAAAAAUCAAGAGACCAGAUUCUUAAUAUUUUCCAUGAGCUCAACCUGAAGGAUGCUAUUAGCUAUGUGGCUGAGGGAGAGCGUAGAGGUUCCCUGGCUUUUAUUCGUUCUUCAAGUACUGACAACAUGGUCAAUGUGGACUUCAGCACUCCUCGACCAAGUACUGUAGAGGCCUCUGUCUCCUGUUUACUGAGAGAAAAAGCCAGCUCCGUUUGUCUUGAUAUGCAAGCCUUAGAGCAGAGGAGAAAAAGCAUACGAGAUACAGAGGAUACAGUCACUCACCACACACUGCAGCAGUACCUCUACAAACCCAGACAAGAGCACAUACAUCUGUACAGUCGGCACGAGAUCAUUCAGAAUGAAGACGAAAAACAAGACAAGGAGAUUUUCCACAGGACAAUGAGGAAGCGCUUAGAGUCUUUCAAGAGUACCAAACUAGGAAUAAACCAGCCCAAAAAGCUCAACAAAAGCCACAAGAGAGACCGGGGCCAAAAAAGGAGAAAUAGUAAUGCCAUACCAAAUGGAAAAAUACCUUCAGAAAAUCCAGUGCAAGAUUUUAUUUUGAAGGAAAAAGAUGUGGAAUUUUCUGAUCCAGAAGAAAAUUAUGAAUCUCUUCAUAUGGACAAAGGAGUUGACUUUUUAGCUAAUGUCACCAAGCAGAAUUGCACAGAUGCUACCUCUGGUGACACGAGCCAUAGUGCUGCAGUGACAGGAUACUCUUUCUCAGAUGAGAAACUGCUGCCUUGGAAACCUGACCAAGCAAAACAAAAUGCUUCGGUUUCGGAGAAAUCCCUCCACUUCAUUCCAUCUUGCCUUCAAAAGCCCUGGGCACAAAGCUGUUCUUCACUGGGAAACCGAGGAAAUACAACUCCUUCUACUAUCUCAGAGCACACGACGUCUUAUGACCCAAACCUAAGAGAAGUCUAUUGGAAAGCAGUCUCAGAAACGAAUAACAAACCACCUGUCAAUUCAGGAUAUUGUUCUGAAACUAGUUAUGAGCCAGUGAAUUCACAACAAGACAAUUCUGUAGACAGGCAAGAGAGGCUAGAGGAAUCUAACCCUAAGGAGAACCAAGAGAAGAAAACGCUGCUUAAUGCACAAGCCCACUACAGAUCUGCUGCAGCCAGGCGUGUACAAAGUCGACGCUCUUUUCAUAGACCAAAAUCUUUGCAACAUCCCAAACUUCAAAAGUUAGCAUCUCUUCCGUCAUCUUGUCACAUCCCUCCACAUUCUCUGGAACAAGAAGAAACGCAGCUUUGAGCCUUGACUUACCUAAGAGAAGACAAGUGUAGCGAAAGUGGACAAAGUCUUUGGAAAAAGAGGGAGAGAGUGAGAGAAACUCAAAGCAUUGAGACUUUUUCUAGUACCAUUUCAAGAAAGAAGACAUGGGGGUCUACUUUUCUGCUGGACAUACACCAGUAAUUCCUCAUUCACAUUAAAGGGACUUAUGUGGUUGAAUCAAAUUGAUAACUAUGCUUCCUUGUUUCAUCAAGACUGUUACAAAGAUAAAUUCAGAGGGUUAUAAUGAAAAUCUUUUCAAAAGGGAAACUGUUUGUUGUUUUCAAAUUAAAAAUAGUUUUAUUAUGUCAUAUAUUUCCAUAAAACAUCAUUAAGGCAAUGCAUUGCAUCUGUAACAUUAAUAAUGCAGAUCAAUAUUCAU